AAAUACAAAAUACAAAGGCGUUGGGUAUGCUCUAUUGUCUAACGCUGAUGUCUAUAUUGACGGAGGAGAAUGGACUGGAGUGAUGCCGAAAGAUUCAGCUAUAUUUACAGACAACGCUAUAUUAGUUGGCAAUGAAUGCGAUUUUAAAGAAGAAACACAUUUGUUGAAAAUCCGUUCACUCGAUGUCCACCCGGCUAAGUUCCACAAUAGUGAAUAUACUGGAGUAAAUACAUUAGAGGCUGAAGUCUGGUCCAGCAUAUAUGGUUAUGGCCUACAAUAUUCUAUUCACGUGCAUGAAGCAUACGUUGAUUCUUUUGUUAACGUUUUUAAUAUUGUUGCUUGAUUAGACAUACACACGAUGCACAGUGUUGCCAUUCGAGAGUCAAAUGUUUUAUUUUAUUUGUUAUCGUAUCAUAUUUUAUCAUUACUGACUAUUGAAAUGAAUUGCAUUCAUAUGACAUGAAAGCCUCUUGUGAGUUAAAAUGUAUCAUCUGCAAUAAAAAUUGAACUGUG